AACAUAAACAAAAGAAAAAAAAAUGGGUAGGAGAAAGAUUAAGAUGGAGAAAGUGCAAGACACAAACACAAAGCAAGUCACGUUUUCAAAACGUAGAAUUGGUUUGUUCAAGAAAGCUGGUGAGCUUGCGACUCUGUGCAACGCCGAGGUUGGUAUCAUGGUCUUCUCUCCUGGAAACAAACCUUACCCCUACGGGAGUCCGAGCUUCGAACUGGUUGCAGAGCGUUACAACAACGAGUCAGAAGACUCGGAUAGCUGUGAGACAUCAGGCAACGGUAGAGGCAACAGAGCUAGGCAAGAGAAGAGGAUAUGCAAACGUCUCAACUCGAUCAUGGAGCAAGUUGAAGCUGAGAAGAAACGAGGGGAAGAUUUUGAGCAUCAGCUUGAAACUGCCGGUGGAGAAGAGAAGUUCGACAAACCCAUUGAGGAGCUUUCUCUUGAGGAGCUUGAGGAGUAUGAAGGUAAGAUGAUGGACAUGCUUGGUAGUAUUCAAGGUAACAUUAGUGGUAUGGAAGUUUCGUCUACUCUUCUGAUUAUGUCUAAGGAUACUCAAAAUAAGUAGACAGAGAUAUCGUUGUGUUGCUGAUCUUUUAAAGUCUUUGUUUCCUUUUGCUUUAUGUUAAGACAUGUAAUAAACUGGUUAAGAUCUAU